AUGGCACUGCAUUACGAGAAGGAUCAAAAGCUCAUUCUACCAAUGACCUCUGGAAAAGGCAAAACUUCACGUCCAGGAACAAAUAACCAACAUUUGAAUGACGAUGGCACAAGGAGUGGCCCAUUGGACUACGAUGAGUUCAUGUACCGUUUGAAAGACAAUUAUUUGCUCGACAAACCCCCAGCCUUGACGGCACCAACCUCAAUGGAUGAUCUCGCAGAGGCCUCAAAGAGCCUGUUCAAGAAUGGUCAUGGAGGUCUUAUCUCCUUGGUAGCCGCCAGUCCUGGUAACUAUAAUUCGAAAGAGUCGGACAAGGCUUACCAAACAUUUAUUGCAUCUGUCAACAACAAAGUGGUGGAGUGGCGCGGAAAACACAAAACCGAUUUCGAGGGGACAGGGCGCUUUGCGACUCAAGAUAAGAUGAUGAAAGGGUGUGCAAAAGCUGUCGUGGCCCUUCGCAAAGCAGAUGGCCAAGAGUAUUUGAUUAGGGUGAUGGGAGGUUCUAGAACAGCACAAGGUGAACUAGGUCUUAAUGAGCCGGACCCGAACGACAACACGAAAACAGUUAGCACAGUCACAACCACUAGCGUUGAGUGCGAAGUUCCCGGACCCGACAAGAACUAUAAAGCCGUGGAUUUUGAAGCAACCUGGAAUGAUGCCAGAAACAGGGAAAAAUUGCAGGCAAAGUUCGGUGGCGACAUAAAUGCGAUGGUAAAAUGGGGUGACAAUAUUGGCAAUCCUAAGACAGCGGCAGAGGACAGUUGGACGAAGCAACACAUAUCCCAUUUCAAGACCUUGCAAGUCUGGAAGCGUGCUAAGUCCGGGAAAGUGUGUAGCCUUUGA